AUGGCAACGCCACCUUUGGUACUUCCCUGUUGCUCGAGGCGGACCACUGAAGGCCUGAUCCGGCUGCAGAUGGGUCUCGGUGAGGGCCAUCAGGUAGAUUUUCUCGGACCUGAGAAAAACGACAAGCUCUAUCUUCUUGUGGUGGACGGAGUGUCCAAUGGAUCUUUGGUCGCCCAUCUUUCAUCGGUUGUUGGAAGUCAACAUGCAGCAACAACUUCACAAAUCCAACAUCAACAUCAAGCGUCAAUUAUUGCUGUUCAACAACUGCCAUCUCAAUCAUCUGUAUUUCCUCUAACUGCCAGUAUAAACAAUAAGUCUCCUUUAUCGACUACUUCGGCAAAACUGCAACCAGCUGAAGUUUUAUUACUCAGUACUACGGUAUCAGAUCCUACAGUUGUAACAACAACAGUAACCUCUGAAAAGCAACAAGCUAUACAGCAUCAGCUAUCACUAGUUAGCAAUUCCUCACAGUCUGCAUCACAGUUGCUAAUAACUUCUUCUCUUGCCGAUAGUAAUUUAAUGCCACCAACACCAAUAUCUGUUCAACCUUCAGCAAAGCAACAACAGAAACAUCUCCUAAUACGGCAUCAGCAUCAACAACAUGCAAAUGAUGACUUGUCUGGAAGUUUAAUAUCAGUAACGUCUUCACAUGAUAGUUCUCAUAAAUCAGUAUUUCUGAAUAUUUCUGCUGGAUCAAAUGGAUUAUGCAGUUCAAAAACACAUUUGCCUCCAUUAUCAGUAGUCACAAAUCAUUCAAAUAGUCUUGGAACAAACAACAAGGACGAGCCCAGUAAUUCGCACCAUCAACAAGCUAAUGUGAGCUUAAACGAGAAUAUAUCAAGUAACAUAGACGUUAUCUCCGGAACCAACAAUGGUAAAAGCAUGAAUAGCAAUGGCAACGGAAAGUUUUCCUCACUGUCCGUGCCUUCGUCUCAUAAUUCUCCUCCGCUAAAACUCGCAGAGCCAACCGGAAAAAAUGAAAUCGAUCUCCCGCUGCAUGUUACUACUUCUGCAUUGACUUCUUCCACAACGGUUGUAACAGAAGCAAUAUCUACCGCAGGAAACAUGCCUUGUAACAUCCAAUCUGCGAUGCUUCAUAGUGGAACAUUGAAUACACUAACUGCAUCGACUGUUCCCUCCGUCAACGUUAAUAACGGAAGCUACACAACGCCUGUGGUUGCUGCAGUUACUGCUGCUGCUCAUCCAUCCAUGAUCAUGACAAAUGGACUGAGUACGUUAUCUCCACACUUUCGCGCAUAUCCUGGUUAUCCGCUCUACUCACCGUAUGGCAAUUUUCCACAUAAUCCUUACUUACCUUCAUCGGUUACCUCGCCAAAUUUGUCUCCUCGAUUGCAUCCAGCCCUGACUCCUAUUCCUCAUACACUCAUGGGCCUCGGCCUGAUGGAUGCACGAUUCCCAGCAUCAUUGAUAGCUGGUUCUGCAAACAAUAGCUCUGGUUCUGGUCGUAAAUCUAACGAUCGUGAUCUUUCACCGUUGGUUCAGCAACAGUCAAGUGCGGCUAUAGCCACAACUGUUUCUUCUAUCGCAAAUCAUCAAAAGGUGCUUCCGGUCACUCUCAACACAAUCUCAUGUUCAAGCAAUAUCUCCUUGUCUUUAACUUGCACAUCUACUACGAAGGGCAUAACAUCUUCAAAUAUUGGUGGAACUAGUGGAACUUCAAACUCACUGCUAGGUAGUAGCAAUAGCGGUGCGAUUGAGAGUGGUAGCAUAAGUGAGCAAUCACUCCCACAACCUUCUAUUACCACCAGCAUCAACAGCAAUGUUGGCGGUGGUGGCAAUAUAAUUGUUUCUGUUCGCUCGCAAUCACCAAGAGGUCAUAGUCCAAAUAGAGAAAAAGAAGGUUACAGCAAUAUUGCAAGUAGUUUGUCACGCUCUACACCUGGUCCUACUAUCCUUUCAUCAAGUGGAGGUGGCCUAGCGGUUGCAGGUUCUUCUACAAGCAUUGGUUCAUGUACUGGAGCAGGGCCUUUGGGAAUUAAUCCAGCAUUGUCAACUACCAGUGCGAUUGUCGGUGGUGUUGUAACAUACAUGCCUUGUUUAAACGUGGUAUCCGCUGCCAUUUCGACAGUAUCUUCAAGUCUUACUCAUCCCAGAACAUCUCUUGCAAUCGGCGGCAGCAUAAUGUCUUCUUCCCCUGCACCAUCUUCGUCAAGCAGUGUGGGAGGAGUAGUCGUUGCUUCAGAAUGGUUACCAAAUGUAGUCUCAAACAGUCAACCUACUGUAACGAUAUCUAGCUCCAGUGCUACUGUUACAACUAGUAUACAUAACAAUUCAUCCUCGUCUGCAUCCGGGGCUAAAACCCAACAACAGCAUCAUCAUCAUACUCGGCCAACACCACCACCAUCUUCUUGCAGUGGAUUCUCAUCUGCUACCGAUUUGUCCCCGGCGUCAAUACCAGCGUAUUCCGCUUCCAUUCCAAUGUCAACGACUGUUUCUCUUUCUACUCCUGCGAACACUAUUCUGUACACACCAAGUGUUGCAACACCUGUUGUUGGCGGAACACAGACACUAUCCAUAACACAACCGCAUCCGUUUUCAGCUGAAUCUCUCUUCUCCACUAAAGUGUCCGAACAAGCGGAUUUGUUGCGCCGUGAACUCGACAAUCGAUUUUUGGAUCGCAGUGGGUUGACGGCUGUAUCAACUGGACCUUCAUACCUGCGUCAAGAGCUGCACCAUCACCAACAUCAGCACACUCAUCUACAUCAACAUCAAUCUUUGAUUACCGGACCUACCGUUGGGACACCGGCUCUAUUUCCACCACCAUUAUUCAAAGAUGUGCCUAAAAUCGGUGCCGUUGAUUCUCCUUUCUAUCGUACUGGACUUGGAAUCGCAUCUUACCCAGGAUAUCCUCCGAGUCUUCUACAUCCCGGUUUAAGUGGGCCAACGCAAUUCGUGCCAACGAGCCAUCUUCAAUCGUUUGUACCAAAGCAACAGACCCCUCCGAUUGAUCCUAACAAAAAGAAAACUGGAAAAUGGAAUGCUAUGCAUGUACGGAUCGCAUGGGAAAUUUAUCAUCAUCAAGCAAAGCAAAAUCCUGAUAAAGCAGCAUCUAUUAAGGCAGCUUCAGAUAUGCUACGACCACCAUCUCACAUGUAUCCUACAACAUCAAGCAACGCGGGAAACCAUGGACGUGUACAUGACAUGCCAUCGUCUACCUUUCCACCAGUAGGUCUUCCAGGGCGGCCAGGUCCAUAUGAAUCCAACCCAUUGCCGCCCAGUUUCAUGAGCUCACCAGCAAGUCACAUAGGAGUUUCACCCUUUGCUCGCUACACAUCAUAUGCUGGUUCGCCCUUCAGCAGCCUCUCACCUUUUUCUCGCGAUAUUCCCAUCGGAUCACAGAUCUCAGGAUCUUUACAUGAUCCGUGGCGUAGUGCCCUAAGCCGUACUGUUGGAAGUUAUUCAUCAGGAUCCCAACCGACAACUGGAUCAUGGGCACCCAUUAAACAAGAUCCGAACAUGGUAGCUGAAUCCGUCCGUCGUGAUGCCGAAGAACGUGAUCGCCAGCGAGAACGUGAAGAACGGGAGCGUGAUCGACAACGACGAGAACGAGAGGAACGUGAGAAACAACGUGAGAGAGAACGUGAAGAAAAAUUACGCAAAGAACAGCAGGAGCGUGAUCGUGAAAGAGAACGUGAGCGUGAACGAGAACGUAAAGAAAAAGAACGUCGGGAUAUGGAACGACGAGAAAUGGAACGCGAAAGGCUAUUACAUCAACAGCACCGUGAAUCAAAAGCUGCUGCUGUGGCCGCAGCCAAUGCUGCCGUUCCCGUCAGCCGUGACCGUUCACCACAGCGUAACGGUAUUGAUUUAGACGUUCGAAUAAAAGAGGAACCUCGAAAAGAUGACGAAAUACUUCUGCGCAGCCACGUAGCGGCUGCUGCUGCUGCUGCUAGUGAUCCACGUUAUCAUACGUCAAUGAUGCCACAUCCUUAUAUUGCAAGUCGACAUCCAGCAAGCCACAUGUUACCUGGAAGUCACUUAUCGCGCUCUAUGCUACCACCGUCAAUAGGACUGCCAACACACUUCUCGCCUCAUGGCUCUUGGGGUCCAGAUCCUUUUCGCGAAUAUCGUCUUGAUCCACUCCAUCAUCCACUUCGUUACAAUCCAUUGAUUGAUGCUUAUAGAGCAGAAGAGGCUAAAGCAUCGUUAAUAUAUGCGGCUCAGACAGCGGCUCAUUUUCGUGGUAAAGGAUCAAGCCCAGUACCACCUGCCCAGCAGCAGCUGCCAACAUCACAUCUUCGUCUAUCUUCUGGAAUACCUUCCGGCGGUGGUUCUAAUGCAUGUAUUCCUUCUGGGCCCAAUUCGGGAGCUCCUAACGCAACGAUUUCGGUUCAUUCUGGUACAUCCAUGAAAGCGCCACUCUCAACAUCUACACUAAGUGGCUCCGGAACAGUAGGUAUUUCUAGCCUUAACGGUAAUGGAGGAUCUGGUGUUGGGAGUGCUCAAACUUCCCCAGCAACUCUUCCUUCCUCUGUCUCAUCUCUAUCUGUUGAAUUGCAUAAGAAAGACGACAUCUGCCAAAUUCGAUGAUAGUUUAUUGGCAGUGAUUCAAUAGUGCACAAUAAAUGCUAAACAAUUUUGACUCGUAUCGAUGGUAAUUAUUGUUGCGGAAUCAACAUUAACUCGUUUCUCUUUAAUACCGUGAUAGCUCC